AAUUACUAAAAUUCAAACUGAAUGAAGCUUUUCAGUUCAGAGAAACUUUACAGCGUCACACACAACAGCAGCAGCAGCAACAACAACACGCGUUGGGAGAAGAAUUCGUCAGGGACAAACACAACACUGAGCCUUUACUGUAACUCUGCACACUGGAUACAGUGCAGACAAUUGGAUGCUUUGUACUUUUUACUAUACAACUAUACUUCUAUUUUGCAAUAGGCUUACCUUUAAAUCAUGAGAACAUUAAAUAAUGGAUUGAAUGUUAUUGUAAACUGGGUUGAACAUGUGUGAAUGUUCUGCUGCAUGUUAAGUGUUUUGACUAAGAUUGGUACCAGGAGGGACUUUUCCUCAAUAUUGUCCCUUGCUGACUCCGCUUAUCCUGUCUGAUCUCAGUAAACGAAAGGCCCGAGUGAAGUAGCUCCCUUUCUCACGGGGUGUUUGUGUGUAGGACUUGCCAGUGCAGCAGGAUGCCAGCAUCUGUCGGAGGAAUGCUUCCAGAGCGCAACGGAUUUUUGGGAGGAAAAUAUCAUAUUUUUCCAGGAGAACGUAGACUCCCGUCCUUCGUCACCUGUGUUUCCAAGGAAUACCUUCGUAAUUUUCAACACAACAAACGAGUUGGAAAUUACCUUAUUGGAAGAAAACUGGGAGAGGGCUCCUUUGCCAAAGUUAGAGAGGGAUUACAUGUCACGACGGGCGAAAAGGUUGCGAUAAAGGUUAUUGAUAAAAAGAAAGCCAAGAAGGAUUGUUAUGUGACGAAGAACUUGAGACGUGAGGGCCAGAUUCAACAAAUGAUCAGACACCCCAAUAUCACCCAGUUACUGGACAUACUGGAAACAGAAAACAGCUAUUACCUCGUCAUGGAGCUGUGCACGGGAGGCAAUUUAAUGCACAAGAUCUGUGAGAAGAAGAGACUGGAAGAAUAUGAAGCACAGAAGUACAUUAGACAACUGGUCAUGGCAGUGGAGCACCUUCACAGGUUCGGGGUUGUUCACAGAGACCUGAAGAUAGAAAAUCUUUUGCUGGACGAGGAGAACAAUAAAGCUUAUAGAUUUCAGUUUUGUUUCAUUGUUUUCUUAGAUUUUGGCCUGAGCAAUUGUGCUGGGAUUUUGGGUUACUCGGAUCCUUUUAGCACUCAGUGUGGAAGUCCAGCUUACGCUGCCCCAGAGCUCCUGUCCAGAAAGAAAUACGGCCCAAAAGUGGACGUGUGGUCUAUAGGUGUGAACAUGUACGCAAUGCUGACAGGGAUUUUGCCAUUUACUGUCGAGCCUUUCAGUCUGAGAGCCCUGCACCAGAAGAUGGUGGACAAAGAAAUGAACCCCCUCCCUGUCCACCUUUCGCCAGCUGCACUCAGCAUGCUGAGAAAUCUACUUGAACCUGAUCCAACAAAGCGUCCAAACAUUCAGCAAGCUCUAGCUGACCAGUGGCUUAAUGAAAAUGACCAAGGAAAAUCUUUAUAUCGGAUGCCUUAUCCAAACAGGAUACACAUGAAAGAGCUGAACCAGAGUGUGUUGCUGCACAUGACUGAGAAACUGGGAUACAAACACAGUGAAGUAGUCAACACAGUGAUAUCCAACAGAGCCUGCCACACACUCACUGUCUACUUUCUGUUAAACAAGAAGCUGGAGAGAUACUUAAGAGAACUUAAAGAAAGGAAAUUCAAGGAGCAAGAGAGAAUAAUUGAACUACAGCAAACACCUUGGAAUAGCAAAAUAGAGAAAGUCCCUGAUGUCCCUAAACAGCACCCGUGCACUCUGGCUGAAAGCACAAAGGCCCUGCUGAAAGACAAAAAACCCCAACGAGCAAUUCAGCAAGAGAGAGCACUACUGCGUGGUCUUUUAUGUGCCGAUGAAGCCAGUGAAGGUGAAUGUGUCACUUCAUGUUCAUUGGAAUACCUGGAGAUGCAGCCUACUUUUCCCAGAACACCACAACCCAUUAGAAGACAAGAAUACCUCCAGCAGGACAACUUCAGUUUGGGAAAGGAAGGCAAGAACCCCCGGUUGGGAAUCAGUUCAGGUCAUUCCACUGAUUUUGUGGACAGAGAACCAGAGCAUACUGAAUCAACGCCCUGGUACAAAUUUGCCAGCUCAGCAUUCUCCCACAGGUUUUCAAAUGAAAAACAGUCUUCUGCCUCACAGCCAGAACACACAAGUUCUAAUAACCCUGUGAUUUAUAGCACACAUGUGACCUUAACAGACGAGGACAAGAAGAGUCCAUUGAAACCAGAUAGGGUUUCCUCAGAUUUGACUGUGUCCUACAACAAAGGGACUGGUGAUUCAGGAGGCCCAGGCUGUGUUAAAAACCGAGGGAGGUUCCCAAUGAUGGGCAUAGGACAGAUGCUGAGGAAAAGGAAUCAAAAUGUGCAAUGUAAGACUGAAAAGCACGUGGAAAUGAACAUGCCUGCCGCAGCGCGGUCCUGUCAGGUGCAGAACACGUUCCUUGCAAUGGGGGCUCUGUAGAGUUUAUGCUGACCAAAGCUUUACACAAAGUGGUUAAUGGUUAAAUUAAAAAACAAAAACAAAGACAAAAAAAUGGAUACACUUCAAACUACAGGUGUAUAUUGUAGUUAACUUAUUGUAGUUAACUUUUUGCAAAAAUGAAGACUACACGACACCAACAGUAUACUCCUCUGGGGACAUAUUUUAAUUGCACCAUUAUAUUUUAUGUUCUAUCACAAAAAAAUGUCAGUUGUUUGUGCUUUUCAGGUUAACCCUUUGUGUUUAAAACCUGGGGUUAUCUAAAGAUAAAGAAAUUAGUGGAGAACCACACACAUCAAAUGUUUAAUGUAUGGAAAAUAUUGGGCUAAUAGAGGCUUGAAACACCAAAUAGCCUAGAUGAACCCAACUGAAAUGAGAGUUUAGUCUCCAUGUGUUUAAUUAAUCUAAGAUGUAUGUACAGAACAUGACCCAAUAAAGGCUGUAAAUACAGUUUACAUUUUGAACAGUUCAGGGAAAUAAAUGUACAAUUAUUUGAUUACAAAGUUUAAAAUGCUUCUUAUAUGGGGCAACAGAAACUGUCUGAAAUUUCAAAGCCUUUAACACCUUAUCCUGUAAGCUUUAUAGCAAGUAAAAAAAAACAAAAAAAACUGCCACGCUGUAAGAGCCAUAUUGCAUGAGCAUAUGCCUGCCUACUGGGUAAUAGCAGUGUUUGCAAGUAUGUAUAGUGUGGACAUUCCUUAGCACAAUCUCUUAAAGUAAUUAUAGCUAACAACAUCGUUCCAUACAUUUUCUCCACUGUUUACAUCAUUAUAUAGGUCUCAAAUGUGCAUUUUUGUAAGAAACACAUGUUUUAGCAAAUCUCUGAAACUACACUGUUAAAUACAUCUCUGUUACCAAGCCAUGCUUUUAGACAGUUUUGUACUUACUGUCAAUAAGCAGUCAGCUGCUUCCCCUGUUGACUGCCAUGCUUUCAGCCUGUAACACUUAUUGACCCAGCAGACACUGCAGGGGGGAAACAACCAAGGAGGUAAAGCAGUAGCAAACUUCCUGUAAGACAAGGCAAGAAAACUGAGAGCCAGCCUACUGUAGUGCAAGAUCUGUGUUUUAAAAUUAAAAUACACGUGUAUUUUCCUUACAAAGUGCACAUUUGAGACCAACCUGUAUGCAGUUAAUAGAAGUGCAAGAUGAGUCAAUAUUAUUUGGUUAGCUACAAUUACUUUAAGCUUGCAUUCUGACCACUGUUGGGGUGGGCUAAUGAAGGCUGAUGAACAUUUACAUAAGUUAUAUCAUGUAAUGUCAAUAAGGUCAAUUUGAUCUACGUUUUCAUGGGCAACACUAAUAACCACUUGUCUAUUUUUUUGACAUUGUAUUCCACAUAGGUAUGGAUGCAGAUCAUGGUGACUUUUUCAUGGUACUAACACAUGUAAUAUGCUAUUUAUACAGCGAUAUGUACGGUACCUGUUUAGUUUGAUAUUGAAGUACAUGGUCCCAAAAGAAAAUGGUUCCUAAAUGUGGUCUUGCCCAGACUUUAAGCCACUCUAGCUUUAAAUAGUUUGUAUUGUCACCUAACUUCACAUAAAACAGAUACAUUGGUACAAACCAUGAAUUUACCAGAUCAAAACGUCAUUCUUUAAAUGUGUUAAAAUGCGUCCCUCAGAGUGUUAUUUGUACCAUUACCAAUAAAGUAUGUGUAAAAGUAGGACACACUUUUAUCAAAUGUAAUUAUUAAUGAAUGUAUGUUGGAACUACAGCUGUAU